AUCCGCUUUUGAAUUUAGUGACAAAGUAGUGUUUUGCAUUUUUCUAGGCAUUUCCAUCUCGUCCGGGACUGAAAAACAAGGCAUGCCCGCGAAGAUUUUUUACCCAGUCAUAGUUUUGGGAUCUGGCCUAGUUAUUGCAGUAGUUUUUGUCGCCAUCUUCUGUCUGCGGAAACGCCGUCUCAUUUGCAGUGUUAGCAGACGAGCGACCUCCAAUGCUAGAACACAGAAUUACGGCACGGAGAGGAAUGUGGGACACGACAAUCCGGCAUAUGGGCAAACAUACAACGAACCAGAAUAUAUGGAGAUUGAUGCAUUUCAACAGCCAGUACCACACGCCGAUGUUGGUUUUCGUAACCCUUAUUUUGAUCCUGGGGAUCAUUAUCAAUCAUUGGGUAAUGCACAUGGGAGACCUGAUAAUGUCUACGGAAGACUUAACUUAACAGGCGAGCACAGUCAGUCAGAAGUGUAGAUUUUACCUUGAGUAAGGUUUUCUAGGUACUGCACUCUUACCAGAAGAACAUUAGGUUAACUUGCUAGAAAUUGUGUUACAAGCAAUACUCCAAUUUAUCAUAGGUGGUGCAGGUUAAAUUUAUGUUAACCCUCGGGUGCAUAUGUAAUAUCUUACGCCCACGAUAUGGAGAGGGGGUAAAUGAUCCUCUCCAUCUCCUCCCCUCCUUUCUCGCGUCGUGGGUUCUUUGCUGACGGAAACACCCACAAAGUAUUUUACUUUAAGUGAAUGGGAUUUAGUUUGGUUUAAAAGGUAGAGGUUUCGAUUUAAUAUUUGUUUCUGUGUAAAGCGUUUUAUUUCAGAGAAAGAAAAUAGGUUGUUGCGCUUGAAGCAUUCAGGAAGAAAAGUAUUGCCCACUCUAACGUGCAUACUAAAACUUAAGGUGUUGAUCGAUCAGUAAUUUCUCGAGGGGAUUGGUCAUCAGCUACCGUAUUCUCAUAACCGAACGAUUGACUUUGUUGUAAAAAUUUCAAAAGAAAUAAGACUGAUAGGAGUAGAAUUUAAUACAUGCAGUUUCGGUGCCCCGAUAUGUGAGAUCACAGAACCAACAUCCAUUGCAGUAUUGUUAGUAAUGUAAUGGUAUAUAAUCAUCUUACAUGUCAUCAAUGCAAUAUAAAUUUCAAAAAUCAGAAGAAGCUUAGAUCUAUAUAAUGUUGAGGAUGUAAAGUAGUACUUAGUAGUUUGUCCUUGCACAUCAAUAAACUGCACGUUGUUUAAUCUGAAAA